AUGGAAGGGAUUUUCUUUCAGUCCUUACUUGGGAUGCCGAUUAUGCGACUGAUCUCAUUGCUAAUAAUAGUUUUAGAGCUAGUGCUUGUAUUACUAAUUAGCACAUCAUCAACAACAGCAGCAGCACAUGAUCAUCAAGCCCUCCUGCCUCAAGCCUUGCUUGGCUGCUCUGACCGCUGUGGUAAUCUCACAAUUCCAUAUCCAUUUGGCAUGGCUCCAGGUUGCUACCACGGCCCUGAGUUCUUCAUCAACUGUACUACUACUCACGACGACGAAAACCCGAUACCAUAUUUGACAAAGAGAUCAGGCAGUGGUUAUGAUCUAAUUCAGCUCCGCGUCACUAACAUCUCUCUUGAGGAGGGUGAUAUGCAUGUUUUGCAACCUGUCACUCGAUCUUGCGGUGAAGAUCAGAAUGACACUGACGGUGUGCUCUUCCUGCCCCCUCCUUUCACCGUCUCUGAAGACAAAAACUAUUUAUUCGCCGUUGGAUGUGGCAUUAUUGCAGUAUUUCAAGGUUCCCGUCCAGGCCAAGGCCUAGAUGGAAACACUACCUUGCCCCAUAUAUAUCGCUAUUGCGUCACCUAUUGUGACGACAAUUCUGAUGGAAAUAACACUGACCCAGUAAUUAACGACGACUCUUGCUCUGGCUUUGCCUGUUCCCUAGCUCAACUCCCUGGUGGAGUGCAAAAUCUUACGGUGAUGUUGACUCCCGUCAGUAAUAUUAGUCGAACUCGACAUAGAAAAUGGUACGCUAAGUACCCGUGCAGGUAUGCCUUUCUUGUGGAACAAAGCAAGUUCACAUUCUCCCCCGGAACGAGUUUUGAGCAACUCAACAACACAAGCCACCUUCCAGUGGUUGUCAAUUGGGAAAUCGGGGGUCAUGGGACAUGUGAUGCUGCUCGAAAGAGCAAGAAGGACUUUGCUUGCAAGGGAAAUAGCAAGUGUGUGGAUUGGCCUAAAGAUAACAUCCAUGGCUCUACAGGUUACAUUUGCAAGUGCAAGAAAGGUUACCAAGGGAACCCAUACCAUCCAGAUGGCUGCCAAGAUAUUGAUGAGUGCAAGUCAAAUCCCUGCCCUGUCGGAAAGUGCGUAAAUACACCUGGGAGUCACUCUUGUUUAUGUCCCAGUGGCACCAAAGAAAGAAGUUGCAAAGAGAAAUCAAAGACCCUUCUUAUGGUUAUGGGUAUCAGUCUAAUAUUGGUUUUACUUGUUGGAAGUUCAAGUUACAUAUGUUGGGGAAUGAAGCAACGAAAGUACAUCAAACUCAAGGAAAAGUGCUUUCGAGAAAAUGGCGGUUUGUUGUUACAGCAACAGCUUGCUCAUCAUGGGGGUGAGGCAACCAGAAUCUUUACUGCAGUGGAACUUGAAAAGGCUACAAACAAUUACCAUGAUAGUAGAGUCCUUGGCAGAGGAGCUUAUGGAGUAGUUUACAAAGGAAUAUUACCAGAUAACAGAACCGUUGCCAUAAAAAAGUCCAAAGUUGCUGCCCCAACUCAGAGUGAGCAGUUUGCUAAUGAGUUGACUGUUCUUUCUCAAAUCAAUCAUAAAAAUGUGGUGAGGCUAUUAGGCUGUUGUUUAGAGGCAGAAGUGCCUUUACUAGUUUACGAGUUCAUCACCAAUGACACUCUUUUUGAGCACCUUCAUGGUAAACAAAACAAAGGAUCAUCAUUUGUAUGGGAAUUACGUUUGAAGAUCGCAGCAGAAACUGCUGGAGCACUAGCAUACUUGCACUCUUCCACUUUCAUGCAGAUCAUACACGGAGAUGUGAAAGCUAUGAACAUACUGUUAGAUGAUAAUUAUACAGCAAAAGUGUCAGACUUUGGAGCUUCAGUAUUGAUUCCUCUAGAUCAAACUCAAAUAAAAACUUUGGUGCAAGGGACAUUCGGAUACUUAGACCCCGAAUAUCUUCAUUCAAACCAACUAACAGAAAAGAGUGAUGUUUAUAGCUUUGGAGUUGUCCUAGCAGAGCUACUGACAAGCAAAGUGGCAUUUUCUUAUGAUAGGCCCGAGGCAGAGAGAAGUCUAGCAAGACUGUUUGUUUGUGCAAUGGAAGAAGAGCGCUUGGAUCAUAUUCUUGAUGGUCACAUUGUCAAUGAAGGAAAUAUUGAGACAGUAAGAAAUGUGGCUCGUCUCACAAAAAAAUGUUUAAUGUUAAAAGGGCAGGAAAGACCUACAAUGAAAGAAGUAGCUAUAGAGCUAGAGAGAAUUAUGAGAACUAUGGCAAACCACCAUCCAUGGGGAAACAAUGUUCAAUUGCAUCCUGAAGACCAGACUUCGAAUUUUCUGGGGUCACCUUCAAAUGCUUCUGUUGCUGAAAGAAAUGUAGGAUCUGGUUAUGCUAUUGCUAUUGCAGCUCUCAGCAACCAACAUACUGGAGUAGUAGUGGUGUUUGUAUUACCAACAACAGCUGAAGCAGAUCAAGCCCUCUUGCCUCAAGCCCUGCAUGGCUGCUCCGACCACUGUGGUAAUGUCACAAUUCCAUAUCCAUUUGGCAUGGCUAAAGGUUGUUACCGGGGACCUGAGUUCUUUAUCAAUUGUACUACUGGUACCACUCCCGACGAAGAACCAAUACCAUAUUUGACAAAGAGAUCCGGUACUGAUAAUCUCAUUCAAAUCCACGUUACUAACAUCUCUCUUAAGGGUGAGUUGCAUGUUUUGCAGCCCAUAACCCGAGCUUGCGAUGCAGAUCUGAAUGUCGGUCGGGAAACUGAUCUCCCCCUGCCCCCUCCUUUCACCUUCUCCAAUACCAAAAACAAUUUUUUCACCAUUGGUUGUGGCUCUUCAGGAAAUCUUUUAGGCUUCCGUCCAGGCCUUGGCCUAGACGGACACACCUUGUCCAAUAUCCAUCGCUAUUGCUUCACCUUUUGCGACGAUAAUUCUUCAGGCAAUGACACCGACCUAGUAAUUACUGACGACUCUUGCUCUGGCUUUGCCUGUUCCCUGUCUUCACUCCCUAGUGGGGUGCAAUAUAUUUCUAUUAUAUUGAGUCGCAGUAUGCCUACCAACUGGUACUCUAGCUACCCGUGUAGGUAUGCUUUCCUUGCCGAAAAAAGCGAGUUCACAUUCUCCCCAAACACAAGUUUUCAGCAACUCAGCAACACAAGUCACCUUCCAGUUGUUGUCAAUUGGGAAAUUGGGGAUCAUGGUCCAUGUGAUUUAGCUCAAAGGAGCAAGCACGCUGACUUUGCUUGCAAGGGAAACAGCACAUGCAUAAAUUGGCCCAAUGUCACCCGGCCUACAGGUUACAUUUGCCAGUGCAAGGAAGGUUACCAAGGAAACCCAUACCUUCCAGAUGGUUGCCAAGAUAUCGAUGAGUGCAAGUCAAACCCCUGCUCUGCUGGAAGUUGUGUAAAUACACCUGGGAAUUACUCUUGUAUAUGUCCCAAUGGCAUGAAAGGAAGAAGUUGCAAAGAUAAAUCAAAGACGAUUGUUAUCAUUGUUAUGGGAAUUAGUGUCAUUUUUGCUUUACUGGUUGGAAGUUCAUGCUCUAUAUAUUGGGGGAUGAAGCAGCGAAGGUACAUCAAACUCAAAGAAAAGUACUUUCAAGACAAUGGUGGUUUAUUGUUGCAACAAAAGCUUGCUAAUCAUGGGGUUGAGACAACCAGAAUCUUUUGUGCAGAAGAACUUGAAAAGGCCACAAACAAUUACGAUGACAGCAGGGUCCUUGGCAAAGGAUCCUAUGGAAUAGUUUACAAAGGAAUUUUACCAAAUAACAGAACUGUUGCCAUUAAGAAGUCCAAAAUUGGUGCUCCAACCCAGAGUGAGCAGUUUGUUAAUGAGUUGGUUGUUCUUUCUGAAAUCAACCACAGAAAUGUGGUGAGGCUGUUAGGUUGUUGUUUAGAGACAGAAGUGCCGUUACUAGUUUACGAGUUCAUCACCAACGGCACUCUUUUUGAGCAUGUUCAUGGUAAAGAGAACAAAAGAUCAUCGCUUACAUGGGAAUUACGAUUGAAGAUUGCUGCAGAAACUGCAGGAGCUCUAGCAUAUUUACACUCCUCCACUUUCAUGCAAAUCAUACACCGAGAUGUUAAAGCCAUGAAUAUACUUAUAGAUGAAAAUUACACGGCGAAAGUGUCAGACUUUGGAGCUUCAGUAUUGAUUCCUCUAGAUCAAACUCAAAUUGUAACUUUCGUGGAGGGAACACUUGGAUACUUAGACCCGGCAUAUCUCCAAUCGAACCAACUAACAGAAAAGAGUGAUGUUUAUAGCUUUGGAGUUGUGCUAGCAGAACUAAUGACAAGCAAAGUGGCAUUUUCGUACGAUAGGCCUGAGUCAGAGAGAAGCCUAGCAAGAAUGUUUGUUUGUGCAGUAGAAGAAGAGCGCCUAAAUCAUAUUCUUGAUGGUGACAUAGUCAGUGAAGGAAAUAUUGAGACAGUAAGAAAUGUGGCCCGUCUCGCAAAAAGAUGUCUAAAGUUAAAAGGGGAGGAAAGGCCUACAAUGAGAGAAGUAGCUACAGAGCUCGAGGGAAUGAGAAUUAUGGCAAAUCAUCCACAGGGAACUAAUGCUGAUGACGAUUUAGGUCCCGAAGAUCAGACUUCCCUUUUGCUGGGGUCACCUUCAAACGCUUCCGAUGAUGACGUUAGAGGUGAUUGUGGUCCUUGUACCACAAUUACUACUGCUACAACUAGCAGGAGUAUUUAG